UUUAUUUACGCUGUCAUGUGAUUUCAAUCCAGGUGUUGAGCGAUUUACAAUAUUAAGGCCUUCAGCCGCAACAAAAAUGGCAGCAGGAGGUGAGAAGAAAGAACAUCUUUAUAAGAUUCUAGUCAUAGGAGAAUUAGGUACAGGAAAAACCAGUAUAAUCAAAAGAUAUGUUCAUCAGUUCUUCUCACAGCAUUAUAGAGCAACUAUUGGUGUAGACUUUGCUUUAAAAGUAUUAAAUUGGGAUGCAGACACAUUGAUAAGACUUCAGUUAUGGGAUAUAGCAGGUCAGGAGAGAUUUGGCAAUAUGACUAGGGUAUAUUAUAAGGAAGCUGUUGGAGCUUUCGUGGUGUUUGAUGUUACAAGAGCAUCCACGUUUGAAGCAGUUUCCAAAUGGAAGAAUGACCUUGAUAGUAAAGUUCAGUUACCAGAUGGUUCACCAGUACCUUGUGUUUUAUUAGCAAAUAAAUGUGACCAAGCAAAAGAAGGUUUAGUGAAUAACACCGCUCAGAUGGAUGAAUUUUGUAAAGAAAAAGGUUUUAUUGGAUGGUAUGAGACAUCAGCUAAAGAAAAUAUUAAUAUAGAUGAAGCGGCUCGUUUUCUUGUCACAAAAAUUUUAGAGAAAGAUAAAGCAAUGAAACUAGGAGACAACGAUCAUGACAAUGAUAAGAUAGUUAUAGACUCUAACAGACCAGCCGGUGUAGAGAAAAAAUCAACAUGUUGCUGAUAGUAUUCACAUGAAUUAAAUUUUUUAUAUUUUACUAUUUUUAUAUAAAUAAAUUUGUACAUUUAUCUUUAUAUUGAUAUUAUCGGCGAAUUUUAAAGAUGCAUUAUGUAAGAUUUAGAUAAAGAGCUGGCCGUUCUUGUUAAUUCAAAAUGAACAUAUUGAAAAUUUCAGUCAUAUUACUUUAUAAUAAACAAUAAUGAAUUAUUAAAUGGAGUGGUUAUUCUAAUCCAUUUAAUAUCAUGGCCAUCUAAUGAUCUAGAAUGCAUCUUUAAAUACAAACAGAGAUUACUCUUAUAUCAUUUUGAAUUUGAGACAAGUGAAUCAAUCAUUCAUUUUUCGUUUAAUACCCCAUAUUAACGGCUUACUCAUGAAAACCUAACAAAAAAUACAGCUUUUUCAUUGGAUAAGAGUUAAAAUAAAAUACAGCUUUUUCACUGGAUAAGAUUUAAAAUGAAAUACAGCUUUUUCAUUCGAUAAGAUUUAAAAUUCUAAAAUAAAUUUGAGCUCUUAGCCAAUGAAAAGUCUGAAUCCUUAAUAUAUUUUAGUUUAAAUUGUCAUGCGUAAGGUCCAGAGUAUUUAACUGAAUUGAAUUUAAAGCAGAUAAUUGAAAGUGGGGGCAAUUCUUGAUUCUCACUGAUGAGAAAGAGUGACAGUAUCAUAAAGACCAACUGAUAAUCAGUUACGAUAUGUAUCACAAAGUUGUCAUAAUGCAAUAGAUGUUUCGCGAUACCUAUUACUACGUAGUUGUCACGAUACAUAUUGCAAUACCAAUGUGUCGCAAUACCUAUACCUAUUGCUAUGCAGAUGUAACGCCGCUACAAUUCAAUUAGCAAUCCACAACCAGGCCACAAAUUUUACAAGAAAACCCAACUUUGAUACUGAAUAGAUUAAUAUCUGUAUUUUAAAGUAAGGCCACACCAAUUUUAUUUUCUGUUCUCUGGGAACACUGGUAAACAUUAAAAAAAUCCAAAGUACUUGGUUGCACUGUUCAAAAAGAUUUUAGUUCCAAAUUUUAAGCUCAACAUCUUUCAUGUACGGUAGCAGAUUUAGGACACGGAAAAAAAAAAAAUAUCUCGUGCAAGAGGGGGGGGGGGGGUAUCCACUCCGUCACUUCAGUUUUGGAUGGGCUGAAAAAACGAACAAUUGAAUAUCUUUAUUCUGCAAGUUUAUCAUCAAAUUAUGCACAAAAUUAUACAGCUUAAAACAUCGGUUGAGACAUUUUCGGUUGUAUUAACUCGAGCGCUCAACUUAAUUAUUUUGAGCGCUCGACUUAAUUAUCUCAAGCUCUCGAAUUAAUUAUCUCAAGCGCUCGACUUAUCAUCUCAAGCACCCAAGAUAUUAUUUUUUCUUUGCGUGUCCUAAAACGGCCACCGUAUUCAUGUGAUUUAAGUGGCUGUUUUUUUUAUCAAUGCCUUGUAAAACUGAAAAUCAAAUUAGUUUGGUCUGAGUAGAUUAUGAAUAUUCUGUUAACAUGAGUUGUGACAGAGUUUUUCAGUACAAUGUGAGUCAUUUUGUACCAGAUAUCUGUAAAAUAUAUAGAAUAAUUUAUAACAAUCUCAAGUAUCAUAACUUAUGAUUAAUUAGAUAAAGUGUGUUGUGAACAGUGAACCAUAUAUCAUGCUCAAUUGUGUUAAAACGCACUGAGGUCAUUGACUGGAGAAAAACUGUUAAAUACUAAACAGUGGGGUAGGUGGAGGUAAUCUGUGUAGCAGCAAACUGUCUUUUUAAGGAUCUCAAGAUGCUUGGUGGAUCAAUGAGUGGUCGUGAACAAAAUAAGUAAAAGUACCCUAACCCAAGAGAGAGAGAGAGAGAGAGGGAGAGGGAGGGAGGGAGAGAGAGAGGGAG